CUAAUUCUCUAGCUUAGAGCGGGAGAUAAAAAAAUUUCUUGCUUUUUCUCUCUCCGUUUUCUGUCUGCACCAAAAGGCUCUUUCUUCCAGAAAUUCCCUCAACUCUAUCUCGAUUUUAAUCGGUGAAGUGAAGGUUUCUUUUUAUUACUUCAUUUUGGUUUCCGUAGAGUCUCUCUUCUCUGCUCCUUAGAUCUGGGCUUGUUUUCAUUUUCAGACCCUCUUCUAUUCUAGCCAAUCCAGGAAUGGGGUAUAUAGGAUCACAUGGAGUAGCAGCACUUCACAGAUAUAAGUACAGUGGAGUUGAUCACUCUUACGUUGCUAAAUAUGUGUUGCAACCCUUUUGGAGUCAAUUUGUUAACUUCUUCCCUCUUUGGAUGCCACCCAACAUGAUCACCCUUACAGGAUUCAUGUUCUUGGUUACUUCAGCACUGCUUGGCUAUAUAUAUUCGCCUCACUUGGAUAUGGCUCCACCAAGAUGGGUUCACUUUGCACAUGGAUUACUUUUAUUUUUAUAUCAGACUUUUGAUGCUGUUGAUGGGAAACAAGCACGACGGACAAAUUCCUCAAGCCCAUUGGGAGAACUUUUUGACCAUGGAUGUGAUGCGCUUGCAUGUGCAUUUGAAAGCAUGGCUUUUGGUAGCACUGCAAUGUGUGGAAGGGACACUUUCUGGUUUUGGGUUAUUUCUGCUGUUCCAUUUUACAGCGCAACAUGGGAACACUUUUUCACAAAUACUCUUAUUCUUCCUGCAAUUAAUGGACCAACUGAGGGUCUGAUGCUAAUAUAUGUAGCUCAUUUUUUCACAGGACUAGUUGGUGCUGAGUGGUGGGCUCAGCAAUUUGGGAAGUCUUUGCCCUUUCUAAGUUGGGUUCCAAUUAUCAGUGAAAUCCCAACUUUCAGAGCUGUGCUGUUUCUAAUGAUAGCUUUUGGUGUUAUUCCGACAAUUGCAUUCAAUGUGUGCAAUGUCCACAAGGUUGUUCAGGCAAGAAAAGGCAACAUGUUACUGGCAUUAGCCAUGCUUUACCCUUUUAUUGUGCUCAUGGGAGGUGUCUUGGUGUGGGAUUAUCUGUCUCCAUCUGAUAUAAUGGGAAACUAUCCUCAUUUAGUUAUUCUGGGGACUGGACUCGCAUUUGGAUUUCUUGUGGGAAGGAUGAUUCUGGCCCACUUGUGUGAUGAGCCAAAGGGAUUGAAAACUAACAUGUGCAUGUCAUUAUUAUAUCUACCAUUUGCCAUUGCAAAUGCACUCACUGCCAAACUGAAUGAUGGAGUUCCUUUGGUUGAUGAGUUCUGGGUUCUUCUUGGUUACUGCUUAUUCACAGCGGGACUCUAUUUACACUUUGCCACAUCAGUCAUUCAUGAAAUCACAACAGCCUUGGGCAUUAAUUGCUUCAGGAUAACUAGGAAGGAAGCUUGAAAAAAGAUUGCAGGUUCUGAUUUUGGUGGUUUGGGCUGCUUUUGAUUAAUGGGAAUUCUGUAUUCACAAUUAAUGAUUCAGUUGGCAAGCCAGGAGCGAUGCAGCCAAAAAUUGAUGAUUUGGCACAUCUAUCUUUGUUGGUUUAACAUUGAUAACAUUGAAGGGGUUGUUACUGGAUUCAGGCCACCACAUCUGGUUCAACCAUAUUGUUUAUUUAGUAUCACAGUAGAGGGGGCAAUUUGAGGCAUGCAUAAAUUUUAUGAUAAUCUAUGUUUUUCUUUUUUUUUUCCUUUCUCUUUGGGUUGGAGGUAGGAUUGCUGUGUGAUGCGUGGUAGGAUGAGUUUAGGAACUGAUGGUAGCAGGGAUUGGGUAUGAUUAUAAUAGUUAAAAGCAUCUAAUUGUUUACAGCAACUGGGUUAAUGGCAACAGCCAAGUCAGAUCUUAUACGAGCUUCUUCUAUACGACUUGCAUUUUUUAUUA